GCCCCAUUGAAAGGGGCCGCCGCCGCGGGGCGUUUUGAGCGUCGGCGGGAUGGAGAAGAGCAGCUACACCAUGGCCAAGUUUGGUUUGGAGGCCAAGGAGGCGCUGCCCAAGCGGGACUGCGGAUUUUACGUGAAGUACAUCUUCCUCUUCACCUCCCUCAUCCAAUUCCUCAUCAUCCUGGGGCUGGUGCUGUUCAUGGUGUACGGCAACGCGCAGGCGGGCACCGACACGCACCUCCGGCUGCUGGAGGAGCAGCUGCAGGAUCGCUACAACAAGAUCAUCACCCUCGGCGGGAGGAACCUCAACCUGACGCGCACCCUCAACGCCACCCUCAAGGAGAAGCAAGGGCUGCAGGUCCUCGUCCAGAAGGUGCAGCGCGACCUGGAUAAGUGCAACAGCACCCAGGCGAGUGCCUCGCUGACCAAAGCCACCCAGGAGAAGGAGAGCUGCCAGCAGGAGCUGCUCACCACCAAGGCCGUCUGCGAGUCCACCCAGAUGAACCUGGAGCUGCGGAAGCACGAGUGUGAUUCCUUGAGGGCCGACACGAGCAAUUACUUCCAGCAUAUCAAGGGGAUGCUCAGCCCGUACAGCUGCAGCGAGGUCCACGGGCAGCUCAGCUGGCUGACCAAGCAGAUGGAGCAGCUCUUCCUCCGGCAGCAGGAACGGGAGAGCGCCUACAUCGGGAAAAAAGUCUGCGAGAUGAAUGUGCAGCAGCACCGCAUCAACUGCACCAGGGAGAAGCAGGAGUUGGAGAAGCGGCUACAG